AUGAGUAGCAAAGCAAAUUCAUUGCGAUAUUCCAAUACAAAUGAUGAUAGCAGUGAAGAAGAUGCAACGAAAGAACGUCAUGGCUACCAUCGUCGAUUCUCGAGGGACAAGCGCAAUAAGCACAAAAAGCACAAGAAACAUAAGAAGUCAAAGAAACAUAAGAAAAAACGUAACUCGUCCGAGUCUGAUAGCCGUAGCAAGUGCGGUACGCAUGAAUCUGACGAUUUGAUUGUGCCACCCCUAAGCAAGAAAACGACACAAAUGUCGGCAGCAUCGCCAGCAGAGAACAGAUAUUCCAAAGGUAGUAAAGGUAACAUUGGAAAGGAAGUCGAAUCACACAAGCAGUUACCAUCGCGCUGGGACAGUUCCGGAGAAGGAGACCAUUCCCGCCAAAUGCUGAAUUGCAAACGUUUCAGAACGCAUCGUUCCGGUUCCAGUGGGCUUAAGGGUGAUGAUCGUGUUGAGAGGGAUCCGUUAAACCACGAACAAUACAAAUCAACAAGACCUUCUCAACUAUCUAAGAAUGUUGACCGUCAUAAUACUCAGUAUUUCGAUAAUAGAGGAAAAGAGCUACUAGGUCACAGAAACGAAAACCUUUGUUCACGGGGAUUCGAUAAACAUGGAUCUAGCCAACGGUAUUGGCCAGAUAGUGGCAAUCACAGCAUUCACGGCGGAAGCAGUUCCCGAGAUAAUGAACCUAGUUCCAACAGUCGCGAAUUAGGACAACGCGAACGAGAUUUACACGCUGACAAAUGCAAGCAAUCGGUAGCAGAUAAGUAUGGCACUAAAGGGCGCAAACGCAGACAUGCUGAUAGCCCUUACAAACAAUCUAUGGGAAGGGGCGAUAUAUCGUCCCAAAAGCGAGCAAAUAGUACAUUUUCAGUGAAGCAAGAAAAAACCAACCGUACCGAUGCAGCAGCACCAUUUAAAUGGGGUACAGAUACGGAUAACAAAUCAAACCCGCCCAAAGCUAGUUCUAAUGGGGGGCGAAAUAACGAAUCGGUAGCAAACAGGGACGAUUCGGCUCCGAUCGAAAAAGAAAAGCCCAACUUUGGUUUAUCCGGCAAACUGACCGCGGAAACCAAUACGGUGCAAGGCGUUGUGAUUGCGUACUCGGAACCACCCGGUGCCCGCAAACCAAAGCGUCGAUGGCGGUUGUAUCCGUUCAAGGGCGAACAAGCAUUACCAACGCUCUACAUCCAUCGUCAAAGCUGCUUUUUGAUAGGGCGGGAUCGAAAGGUUUGCGAUAUUCCGGUCGACCAUCCGUCCUGUUCGAAGCAGCAUGCAGUUUUGCAGUACCGUUUGGUACCGUACGAGCGCGCAGACGGCACGAAAAGCCAAUGCGUUCGGCCCUACAUUAUCGAUUUAGAGUCUUCGAAUGGGACGUUUGUGAACAACAAGCCAAUAGAGACAAAGCGCUAUCUUGAGCUGCGUGAAAAGGAUGUACUUAAGUUUGGAUUUAGCUCGCGCGAGUACGUGCUGCUGCACGAAAACAGCAAAGAGGACAACGAGGACGAUGAAGGAUACGAUGCAUCGCCGCCCGUUAAACAACGAGCAUCUAGCGAUACUACAAAGGUAGAAACAAAGUAG